AUGAAUAUGCGAGUUCUCGCCACCCGGAAGACGGCAGCAGCUGGCGAUCGCAAGCUGCCCGAGCCAGGUGAGGUGGGCCUGCGUCAUCCAUCACAACUCCAUGAUUUGCUGCCCAUGGUGCAGAUGCUCUUCAUUUGCCUGCCGGACACCCCGGAGACAGAGGGUCUUAUUGGUGAGAAGGAGAUCACCUUGCUUCCGCCCGGCUCGGUCAUCGUCAACGUUGGUCGAGGGCACGUGCUCAAUGAGGAAGCUUUCUUCAAUGCGCUCCGAAGCAACCACUUGCUGGGGGCAGGCGUGGAUUGCUGGUACAAAUACCCUGCAGAUGCCAAGAGCCGAUGCAGCACCCCUGUUUCUGCAAAGUUUGAAUUCGGAGGCUUGGACAACAUUGUAAUGUCUCCGCACCGUGCCGGCUCUGUCGGCUUGCCUGCCACAGAGCGCUGUCGCAUGGCCGCUUUGGCCGAGCUGUUUAAUGCAGCCGCAGAGCAGGGAUUCCAGGCGAUGCCAAACAGAGUCGACGUCUCCAAUGGCUACUGA